AUGGACUCGAGCUGGACACCUUCCAACGUGUUUCGCGAUCCCGACUCCUUCAUGGAGCCCGCCGAUGACUCAGACGAUGAUUUGUAUGCAGAUGCUAUGGACGCCGACAUUGCCUAUCAGUCGCCGCUCGGUCAGUCUGUGCCCGUCAACAUGGACGUCGACGCUGCUCCUCAAGGAGCUACGUCUUCGGACACGGCACCGAUCCCCAUCGAAAUCGAGGCAGCCCAGCACCAACAAGCAGGUGGAACGCUUCCCAUGCCUGAAUUACAGGCCCAGCCUGAGGAGCUGCCUACAGUCAUUGGUCCUGAACAGACCAAGCCUUCCGCAACUGCGCCCACGCUGGACCUCAUGUACUCCGUCAAGGGUCUCUACAGGAUCUUGGAUCUGAUCAACGAACAAGGAAGCGGCGGCCUCGUGGAUAAGAUCAUAAUCGCUCAGGACUCGCUUGGAUGCUUCAUCAACGACAUCUCAUCCGGCGCAUAUACGUCGCUGACCAAAGUCAAAUUCUCCGCGCUCGAUCAAGUCCAUCUGCAACCAAUCGGCGUGUAUGGUAGCAAAUCGGAGAUUGUCAAGUUCUUGCGGUUCAAAAACGUCAUCGAUGAUUCGACUGCCACUUUACUCGCGUCCGUUGAUGACUCGGCUACGGCUCGUCCAAUGCUACGCUCGGGUCUAUAUUUCCUUCGUUCUCAAGAAGCCAACCAUCCGAACAAGCUGUACGUCAUCUAUUGGCCCGAGGACAGCACAUGGGACGAUGCAGCGAUAUCGUCUGUAAGCCGUAACCGGAUCACGUUCAUGCGGUAUGUCCAGCAGGCGUAUCGGUCGCUCCUUGGCUCACGCCCACUCAGCUACCUUACAAAGAUCGCGGAUCAGAUUGUUGCGCUCAUAUCUCCGCAUCAUGCGCAAGACUUUGUUUGGCGUGAUAGGCUGCCGGGCACAGAAGCCCCUCCAGUUGAACUAGACGACGAUGAAAGCGAUCGUCUUUUUUCCUUUGAGGUUGCGAAGACUUUUGAACAGGACGAAGACGUAACAGCGCGGCCCGGCUUCACACCCCGUUUACUGUCAGGAGAAGCAUCCUGCGGCAUUCUCUCGGUGGAGUAUGUACCACCUGCUCACAGGAAAGAUGUGUUCGUCGAAAAAUGCAACGCAUUCCGUCUCAACCAACUGAUCGAACACGAAUCCAUUAAGCUCGGCGACCAACUCACCGACUCAUCCUUAGUCGUGCUCUUGGAAAAUGGUCUGGAGAAACGCUCGCCGAAGCCCUGCGCGUCGCUGAAGAAGCGUUUGGCGGACUUGCAGGAGAAGAAAAAGACAGAGAUUCGUGAUGAGGUAAAGAGCAUGCAAGAUGAUCUUCAUAAGGACGAUGCCAAGCUGUGUUCUGCGAUAUCUUUAUCGCUCAUCGCUGUGUUGGCAAAGAAGUUCCCAUCAUUGAUGAGGGAUGAUGACGCGGAGCUUGACGGUACCUCUGUGCUGGCUAACUUGGACACAUGGACUGGUGCUUCCACGUAUCAAGAUUUUCUGAACCCAAUCAUGGAACGAUGGCCAUUCAUCCAUCGGCUACUGGAAGACUUGCCGUCGGACAGAGCGUUGCGUUCGAUCGCAAGCAAGACAUUCAAGACGAACAAGGAGCGGUUGCUCUUGUUGCAUCUUCUCCUCGCAGAAAAACCGGACGUGCAAUCGACCAGCCAAUGGACCAGUAUAGUGCCUACAACCAUCGAUGGAGAUUUUCGACUUGCGAUGGAGUCUUUGGGACCGAUUCCGGUUUCAUCUGGACACGGCAACGAAAAGAGCUGGUGGUCGAAGAUUUCGAAAUUCGGUUGGCCCGGCGCAACUCGUUCCACCAACACGUUCGAUAUCAGACGUUUUGCAGCGGAUGUUCAGGAUGAUAUAUUCCUGAUGGAGCUACCCCGCCUAGUGGAUCUUGAGCCUACACUUGCUUCCAUGGCAGCCGAUACUAUUGCAGAAGCGCAGGAGUUCUUGCGCUCCAAGGUCGCGGACAAGUCCAAGACGAUUUGCGCGCGCAUCAGAGCUCAACAAGAGAAUGAUCUCAAAGAUGCGAUCAGGGCGGCAGCGAAUGCGCGUCAUGGUGAAGCUGUCCGAGGGGCAUACAGCAUCUUUCGAAACAACUUUAAGGAUCGGCUGAUCAAAGACUCUGAUAUGAAAACCAUGGUCAUUCACGAUGUUUCUCCUCAGAAGCUGGGGUGGGAGCACUUUGAAAUCAGGGGCGAGUACAGGUAUACGACAGACCCUGUGCUCCAGUACACCUGCUACCUGUUCCAGCUUUCCCAAUCCGAUCGCCAUCAGUUGUCUUUCGAUGCACUCUUUAUCCCUUCGCCACAGCUCCACCCACGCUCUGCGUUGUCGUUCAGGCUUCCUGUCCACCAUCGUAUACUUCACAUCCAAUUGCUUCAGGAGAUGAGAUGCCUUCUCAUCGUCGACGAUAGCAAGGGGGGAAUACACGUAUAUCUGGAGAAACUGGAAUCCCUCGACAAGUGUGUGGAUCGCCGAGCUGCGAAGAAGACGUGGCAUCGCGACAAGAUCGGCGGUGACUUCGUGAUAGCUUUCGAUGAGACAAGACGCACGCUAGCUGUGUGUGGGAAGAAGAGCCCUGAUCUCAACCUGCACAUUUUCAUCUUUGAUGACAAGUAUACUUCACUCCAAGGUGUCGGCUCUAUGAUCAAACUUCAGCCUUGGUUUGACGAGACAACCUCGAUCUCCCACAUGGUUUAUGUGCUCGGCAGUGAGGAACUGCUUUUCAUCGAUGGCUUAGCGCGGGCACGAAUAUUCUCACUUGUAACUCAGCAAUUCAGACCUGCGUCCGUGCAGCUACCGCGCGACCCGACACAUGUUCUUUCCUCCCCAGAUGGCUCUUGCUUCAUUGCAUCCGAGCUACAUGACCACAAGACAAUCUUCAGAGCAUAUCAUUGGUCAACCUUUGGCUCUACUUGUGGAAUACAAAUUGAGGUCCCAGAGUUUCCACCUGCGGGCAACCAUGUCAUGACAUCGAUAGGUUCCAAAACAAGCAUACAUCUCGUAUACAUGGAUGUCGCAGGAAGCUGCUGCAAAUCAGUUGCACUCCAUAUCACCCGAAGAGUUACCGAGUUCAUGUUCCAGGAGAAGGGUGCACAACAGAUGCAGGAAGGAAAAUCCUCGAUCACCUCUCACAACUGUCUCGUUGAAUGCCAUGCGGAUGUUUGGAAGCGCUUUCCUGUUAUGCCUGCAGUUCAAAGGCGCACAAUCACACCUGCUUCCUCACAUCGGGACUAUUCGCAAUUCCUCCCGCAUUUCAAGGAUCUCAUAGCUGAUUUCGAGCGCACGACGCGCAAGCCUGGCAGCGCGGAGCUCAAUGAUGUUCACAUAUCCGCACUCGACUUUGACUCCUUCUGCACGCAGGAGUUAUUAUCCCAAUCCUCAUUUCUCACUGGUGAAUGGCUGGUAGACCUCAUCUGUCUUAUCCCGAUCCACAUUGCGGUGACCAAAGACAACCGGUUCGUGCCCCUCAAGGAUGGUGUAUGGUCUGCGCAGCUGGAGCGGUCCCUUCUCGGUGCCACUGUUGAUCAAAUCAUCGAUCAGAUCAUAGUUUAUCUUUUGGUUGUCGUAUAUGGCAAGCAAGGUGUAUGGUUAUCUGCAACACCGACUGAAAAUGAGAUCAUCGUCACCCUUGACUUCGAAGGGGUACACAGUAUCGAACGUUCUGCGCAAGAGGAUACACUUCUCGUCCUCUUCAACACCGCAAUCUCUAACUUGGUUCUUUUCCGCAACAAUUUUGCAUUAUCCCGAGAUAUUACUGGGCUUUUUCAUUCUUUCCAAGCUUCGUCGUCCGUUCUAGACCCUUCUGCUAACCCUUCGCUCUUUCAAUCAAUGCUUGUGAUCAUCAUCAAGGACGUGGUUGACUCUGAUAAGAAGGAGAUCACGAAGGAAUUCAGUUUGAAGUUUAGAGAUAUUGUACAGGAAGAACAGGGCUCCAACUUCAUCUCACGCUUGCACGCCGGUCAUCUAACUAUUGUCCCUUGGCCUGUCAUUGAAUCAAGACAAUUCUAUGCUCUCUUUCCCGCAAUCAAGAGGAUGCUUGACAAGCAGCAGACCACGCACGCUAGUGGGGCCAUAUUUUUGCAGACUCUGAAGACAUUGAUGGCGAAACUCAAGGUGGUGAUUUUAUACACAUGGUUCUCCUAUGCCAUUCCAUCGUCGAGCAACUUCACAGAGAACCUCGCUGCACACCGAGUGAAACUACUUGGAUCUGUCCUUCCUAAAGCCCUCGAGUAUGGUGCCAACGAGAUAGAGCCAGAUAUCGAUCCUCUCAGGGACUUGGACUCGAACAUGCCCAUAGGAGCACCAGACACUCAAGCUCGGUUUGCCUCGCUGCUACCGAACUCAGUAAACCAGGCAGCGGAGCGGGAGAGAAUCCUUGGUAGACUCCGUUCGUCCUGGGAUCUUUAUGGAACGCGGCAACAUGCGGAAGAUAGCGAUUGGUUGUCGCAGCUCAACGCGUACCUCGAGCAUACAGUGGAUCUCCGUGUACAACAUGUUCAAGCUUGGUUAUCUACGAACACAACAAGGCUUCCGGUAGCGGAUGCUAACGUGGACAGCUUACGCCGCAGCUUCGACAGCAUGGUCAUCGACCUCAGAGCCAGUACUCAACUGUGUGGGAUCCAAUGCUCCACUUGCAGCUUGUACUGCCUUCGCCUUCGUCACCAUACUGGGGAUCAUGACUGUCAGACAUCACAUCAGUGCAUCCACACAUGCCAGUUCGUCGAAGAAUGCUCCAACCAGGAGAAAUGCGGUCUUCCGUAUGCCAUGUCCUUGCAUAUUCUGUGCACUAUCCCUGACAUACACCAACUUAGUGCGGGGCAUUCAGGAAGACAUGUCUGCGAUAUCAAAUCUCAUCUUUGCGGCCGACCCUGUGCAUUGUCCGGUCGGCGUGGUUGCCUAGAUCACUGUUCCAAGGUCGUGAAUCAUGACGAUGGCGAGCACUUAUGUGAAGCGCGAGUGCAUGAAUGUGGACAACCUUGUAGCCUGAUCGACGUUAGAGCAGAAGACGGAAGCCUUCACACUUGCCGCGAAACCUGCCGAAUCCCGAGACGUCAUGCCCAAUUCGCUGCCAACUAUGCCGCAGACUUUGUGCUAGCGACGACCACCUACAUGGUCUUGAUGAAGAUGCACAACAUCUCUGCGGAUGGCAUUUGUCACAUUGAGACUGCACCGCAGUCGAUAGAAGCGACAUUCACCGGGACCCAUCAAACAUUCCAGUACACGAAGGCAAGUAAUUCACUACACGAACGUGCAUGUCCAUCAGGUCACACUCAGCAGGAGCACGAGACCAGCCACGGCUCAAUGUCGAGGACUCGUUGGACAAUUGACGGACAAGAUGGGGCAGCGGUGGAGCUCGAUGGGCGCAAGUUUGGUCGCAGCGACGAAGUAUGGGUCGCCAUGUUCACGUUGAUUACUGUCGCUCUGGACCCGGUGAACGUUGCUCUGGCCCAGAAUUACAGCACAUCUCAGCGCAGAUGCUUCCGAAUCCUAGCAAAGCCAAAGACUGGAUUAGUCAUAGCCUCUUUUGGAGGCGCUUGGGUUUCAAAGGUACAUGAUCCAUACUCUCGUGAAGAUCAGACACACUUUGGAAAAUGGAAUCCUAGCGUAAUGAAGUCUGCUUUCCACGUAUCGGGAUCGAUGAGUGCUGGCGAUCGUCGGCCACUUUCAGGGACGCCUGUCACUGCGAAUAUUGCGAGCCGCUGCAACAAUAGGCUGGGGGCAGUCUAUUCCGCGCUUCAUGCAUUCUGGCAGUCGCGACACUCUAUCGCGACUGGGCAAGGCUUGGCAGCGAAUAUAAACCGCCGAGACUCGUAUACAGUGGUUCUAUUUGACCAUGAGGUCAACAGCGUACUACGGAACGAUUUCACGAGCACCCCCGACGUUCUGCUUAACACCGUUCUACGUCAUGAAGCAAGGGGUGGUACGAACUUCACCGCCGCGCUUGCUACGGCACAGGCAGAGAUGGAGGCUAGUUGGAGUACAGAGCGAAACCCUGUGAUCAUCUUCCUUUCCGACGGCGAAUGUAACGUUGCGGAUAGCGCGAUCCGCGACCUCUGCCGUAGGGCCGUGGUUCUUGGCAAAGCACUUUCAUUCCAUGCGGUAUCUUUUGGACAAGACAACGGUAUCCUUAGGCGCAUGUCUCAAGUAGCCACGGAAGUGCAGAACGGCGCUCCACAAGACCCACUGCAUCCUCAUGUUCCGUGCUCCUUUGCUCAAGCGCUUGACUCCGUAAGUCUUUCUCUUGGAUGUGUCUCAAACACACGGUUUACGCUUGUUCGAUAG